AUGUCUAAAACUUUGAAAACUCAUCAAUCUCAGAGCCGAAAAUCUCUAGGCUCAUCUCCAGAAAGAACAAAAGCCUGCAUUGCUUCAGCGCUAUCAAAGCCUAGCAACAUAAAAGUCAUUGCCAGAUUUCGACCACUUUUAGACUUUGAAUAUGUAAGCUUAAUUUAGCGACUUUCAGAAAGUCGAGAAUCAGUCACUUUUCAAGGCGACAACCAAGUGGGCAUCGUAAAAGGCAAAGAAAUAGAGUACUACACUCUGGACCGCAUUUUUGACCCAGAUUCUUCUCAAGAAGAAGUCUAUGAAUUCGUGGGAAAACCAACGAUCGAAGAUGUCCUUAAUGGCUACAACGGUACAAUAUUCGCCUAUGGCCAAACUGGCUCAGGGAAAACACAUACCAUGAUGGGGCUGAAUAUUUAUGACACGGAUACCCGUGGAGUGAUCCCACGAUCUGUCAGUCAAAUUUUUGAAGCUGUAGAGUCAGAUGGCGGAGACAUAGAGUACACUAUUAAAUGUUCUAUGCUCGAAAUUUAUAAAGAAACGUUAAAAGACUUAUUGGAUCCUCAACCUUUAAAUUUGAAGAUAAAACAAUGCCCAAGCAAAGGAAUUUAUGUGCAGGGGCUCACAGAAGUGUCUAUUACGUCAGAAGACGACAUGCUAGAACUGCUGUCACUUGGGGAACAAAUUAGAUCAGUAGCGAGCACGAGACUGAACAAAACGUCUUCAAGGUCGCAUUUGAUUUUUAUUAUAGAAGUUUGCCAGAAACUCCCAAAUGACAGCGAGAAAAGGGGAAAGUUAAAUUUGGUUGAUUUGGCUGGCAGUGAAAAAGUUAGUCUAUCAGGGGUAACUGGCACAAAACUAGAAGAAACUAAAAAAAUCAAUUUGUCAUUAUCUGCUUUAGGGAAUGUUAUACAUGCACUGUCAUCAAAAGCAGAUCAUAUCCCUUAUAGGGAUUCAAAACUAACAAGGCUGCUGCAAGAGUCUUUAGGAGGGAACUAUAAGACGACUUUACUGGUAACCUGCUCACCAUCCAUUAGAUUUAUGGAAGAGACUUAUAAUACUCUUUCUUUUGCAAUAAGGGCUAAAGCUAUAAAAAAUAAAGUGAAAAUCAAUAUUAAAAACUCCAUUGACAGCUAUUUACAGAUCAUAGAGCAAAUGAAGCUAGAGCUUGACUCUGCAAAAUUAGAAAUACAGUUAUUAAGGGGAGAAAGGGAGCUAAAUUCUACAGUCGACUCCAAAUCGCUUUGUUCCACCCCCGCUAACAAAAAAAUUGAUGAUAAAGACUCUCAUUCUCAAAUAAACAAAUACGGAGAAAUGAGACUGGCUGUGUCAAUAGAAGACUUAAGAAGCAACAAAACAACUGACUCAUCAAGAUUCGACAAAAAGUCCCCAGAAUCAAUAUAUGACUUAGACUCCUUAGCUUUUUCUUUUGAUAAGCCAAAUUCCGAAUUUUCUCUCUCACCAUAUGCAGAAGGCGAAACUUUUCAAAAAAUCGUCGAAAAAUUCGAAAGGGAUACGACUGGUUUAAACAAAAAAGUAAAACACCUGUCCAGAGAAAACCAAGAACUCGUUGAAAAAACCAAAAAAUUAGAGACUGAGCUCAUUUCAUCAAGAACAAAGCUGCUGAAGGCUGAGCAGCUUUCUCACGAGUACUACGAAAUUUAUGCAAAAACAGCACUCAACGCAAAUAAAGAAUCAAGUGAAAUUAAGGCACUUAAAGAACAAAAUGACAGCUUGCAUAGAGAAAUUAAAAAGAUUACAAAAGUAAUCCAGGAUAUUGACGAUCGACAAAAAAGGAUGAAAGAAAAUAAACUGCAUACAACUUUUGUAGAAUUUGAAGAACUUACAGACGCCAGCAUCCCUAAAGAUUAUGUCCCAAUCAUUACUGAAGAAAAUGAAGCUAUUUCAGAGCAGACAACAGCUUUUAAUUUAGAAACAGUAAAAGUUGAGCUCACAACUGACGCAGAGCAGCUGAACUUGUCAAACGUGUAUUCAUCAGAAAUCAAAAGAGCUCUAGAAGGGAAUGCAGAACUCAAUAGAGAAAUUUCAAUUUUCCAUUUGAAGAGCCAAAUUAUUCAAGCAGGAAUAAUUAAUGCAAACCUGAUGAAAACUAUUCAUGCACUGAAUUGGAAAAUAGAGCUGCAAGAACACAAGUAUCAGAUGAAAAAGACACUUUGUAGACGUCAAGAAGACCAAAUAAGAGGACUUGAAAAAAUGAUUGACCAUCUGCAUAUUUCUCACAUGCACAUGAUAAAGCUCCUCAAUCAGAUCGACCAUGAAAAAAUCGUCCCCAAAGUUGAAUUCAAUAUCCCACGGUCCCUUAUACUAAAGCCUUUUUCACAAAAGCAAGGCAGAUUUAAAAGUUCAAGGACUCCAAAACCAGUCCAAGACCAUAGUGCAGACAACUCAAUACAAGGUACAUUAAGUCUCGAAGUUUUUACCGCACCUCAUGACCAUCCUCAGUUAAAUAUCAGAUUUAAAGCUAUGGAAACCAGCCUGGAGCUUCAAAAAAUGUACAACCUUGAGCUAAAAAAAUCAAAUGAGUUCCAAAAGCAGCAGGUCGACAAUUAUAAAAAUAUAUUGCAGACUUUGGAGCAGGAUAUUUUUAAAGUUCAAAGGGUUGAAAAGGACAGAUGGAGCAAGUUUUUCUCGGAUUUAAAGGAAAAUUGUGAAAAAGAACUGAUUAGGAAGCAAACAGAAGUAAUAAAAUUACAUCAGCUGCUAGGAGAGUGGAUUGAUAAGUUUAUGACUCUUCAAGAGUGUAUUAGUUCGCCUGAAAAACUGCUGCCAAAGCACUUAAAAGAGGACCUGAGCUUUUUAGUUGAAGCUACAAAGCAGGCAGUUCUGGUGGAAGGGAGCUUCAAAGAAGUAUUGCCAAAAACGCCUCUGAAAAAAUCUAUGCGGCAAACAUCGGUGGGUUAUAUAAAGCCAACAGGAGAUAACCCAAUAUAA